UAUCCCACUACACAAGUGAUAUAAAUCUUUGGGUUCCGAACCUCUAUACAUAGAAUUAUUUUCUUAGAAACACCAUGAAACCACAAUCACAAUAUUAUCAUUUACAACCUAAGAACCAUGUUAAGAAGAUCAACAACCUAGUCUUUUCUGGUGUCUUUCUUCUAGUAAUUUCGUCGGGGGUUAUAGAGUCUCAGUCAAUUGUUAAGACACUACCAGGUUUUGUUGGUGAUCUACCUUUCAUUCUCGAAACUGGAUACAUCGGGGUAGGAGAAUCCAAUGAUGUGCAGUGGUUUUACUACUUUGUUGAGUCUGAAGGGAACCCAGAAAAAGACCCUCUCAUGCUUUGGCUCACGGCAGGCCCUGGUUGUUCUGCUCUUACGACUCUUGUGUCUGAAACAGGUCCGAUUAUAUUCAACAAAGCAAAUUCCACUUUGGAGAAGCCAAUACUCGAGAUAAAUCCUGACAGAUGGAUACAGGCGGCUAACAUAUUAUAUCUUGAUCAACCUGCUGGUGCUGGAUUCUCGUAUGCAAAAACUCCUGAAGCUUACACAACAAACGAUACCUUAUCAACAAUGCAAAUUUACGAUUUUCUAAAGAAGUGGCUUGUGGAUCAUCCUAAAUUUCUCAACAAUCCAUUCUAUCUUGGUGGUGAUUCCUACAAUGGCAUAUUGGUGCCAAUGGUUCUUCAAGAAAUAUACAAUGGUAAUGAAGUUGGAGAAGAACCACAAAUCAAAAUCAAAGGGUACAUGCUUGGUAAUCCACUAACAGACAGACGUGGAGACUAUAAUUCAAGAAUUACAUUUGCUCAUCGUGUGGCACUAUUAUCAGAUAUGAUCUACGAGUCAGCUGAAGAAAAUUGUCAUGGAGAGUUCUUGAAUGUAGAUCCUAAAAACAGUCUCUGCAUGCAUGAUCUUCAGAUCGUAUAUAAGUGCAUAGAAAGAAUUAACAAGAAGUACAUCUUAGAUCCUGUUUGUGACACUUCAAAUACCUUUAAAAAUUCUCAUCUCUUAAGGAGGGGCUUAUCAUCUCUUAACAAGACCGCUAUGAAUAUGUUGUUGUUGCCUCAAGUUAAAAGACAAUGGUGUCGUGGAGACAACACUUUAUCCACUGUAUGGGCUAAUCAAAAAGAUGUACGCAAGGCUCUUCGUAUUAAUGAGGAAUAUGAUGAAAUCAAAUGGGUGCCAUGUAAUGAAAGCUUGACUUUUGAUUAUGGAAAGGAAGCUAUAUCUUACACGAACAAUGUCCUCAGUAGUGUUGCAUAUCAUAAACAACUUACUUAUAAAAAUUGUCGAGCUCUUAUAUAUAGUGGAGAUCAUGACAUGGUUGUUCCAUAUGUGGGUACGUUGAACUGGAUUGAAUCAAUAAAUUUGAUACUUACAAAUGAUUGGAGACCAUGGUUUGUCGACAAACAAGUAGCCGGAUACACCAUGAAAUACUCAACUCGAAACUACAACUUAACAUUUGCUACUAUAAAGGGAGGAGGUCACAUAACUUCAUUAUACAAACCCAAAGAAAGUUUAAGCAUGGUGAUCAGGUGGCUUUCUGAUAACGCUCUUUAAGUAACAAUCCAAGAGUUUUAUGUUAGUUUCUUAUGUUAUAAGCAUCCAUUCACAACUUUAUAUAUAAGUCAAUUUCUAUUAAUAAUGUAAUAUGUUAUUUUCAUUUCUUUGUCAUUCAACCAUUCUCCUAAACCAUGGAAUGCAUUUGUAAAAGCUAAUGAGAUUACUUACACAUAUUCCUAAUAUGAAAACACAACAUUUGUCGAUGAUAA